AUAAAGGAAAAAACAAAGUUUUGCAGUUUUAUACAACAACAAUUUAAGAUGCGGGGUGUUUUUGGACGAAUAUCACGAACACUAAAACGAAAAGGAGAAUACUGUGAAGCAAACGACCGAACGUCCAUUCACUAAAUAAUAAUAUGGAAGAUCCUGGUGGCCUUUGUUAGACGUGUACAAGAAGAAGAUGGGAGAGGACAACAUAAGCACCUCAACAUGGAAUCCAGGUCAUAUAUCGGAUAAUCCCCAUGAAUUUAUACCGAUUUAUGAUACUCCUCUGGAUUACGAGAUUCCACUAGAGGAGAUCCCCGACACGACUCAGGGACAAGCGUUUUUCGUGGCUACGAUCGUCAUCGCUGUGGUCCUGGUUUGCAUCAUGCUGGUUUGUGGCGUUGGGAAUUGCCUCUUUAUCGUCACAUUGGCAAGGUACAAAAAACUCAGAAAUCUGACCAAUUUGCUCAUCGCCAAUUUGGCAAUAUCAGACUUCCUGGUGGCGACUGUGUGCUGCCCGUUUUUGGUGGAUUAUUACGUGGUGAAGCGACUGUCGUGGAAUCAUGGGAUUGUGCUCUGUGUCUCCAUUAACUACCUGAGGACCGUGUCUCUGUAUGUGUCAACCAAUGCCCUGCUAGCCAUUGCUGUGGACAGAUACAUGGCUAUUGUUCAUCCCCUGAAGCCCCGAAUGAAGUUUCAAACGGCCUACUGGCUAAUCUUUGGGGUUUGGAUAAUCCCCAUCCUCAUCUCCGUACCCUCAGCGUACUUUGCUACAGAACGCGAGUACCCGCACAGCACGCAAACCCAUGACAAAAAGAUCUUCUGCGCGCAGAUCUGGUCCGCAGACCAACAAUUUAUUUAUCGUUCCUACUUCCUGUUCGUAUUCAUAGUGGAGUUUUUGGGACCCGUGGUCACCAUGGCGAUCUGUUACGCACGCAUAUCCAAGGAGCUGUGGUUUAAGAACGUUCCAGGGUUUCCUACGGAACAGCUGCGCAGACGGUUGCGUAGCCGUCGCAGAACGGUCGUUGCACUGAUCGGCGUGUUGGUGGCGUACGUUUUGUGCUGGGCACCGUAUUAUAGUUUCACCCUCCUUCGGGAUUUCUACCCUGCGCUGAUUACUCGUGGCCGUAACUCGCUGGUGGUUUUCUACAUCAUUGAGUGUGUUGCUAUGAGCAAUGGGGUCAUCAAUACUCUUUGCUUCGUGAGCGUCAGGAACAACACCCCAAAAUGCUUUAUGGCCGUGAAACUAGCUAACUGGCGCUCGCUCACCAGGGUGAUUGUUGGUAAAAUGACAGAGGACGACAUCAGGACUUCAUCAUUGCGAGUGACAGAGGAAGUGGAGUGUACACGAAUCAAGUAAACAAAGGUGGAAGGCCUAACCGCAAGGGCGUAGCAGCGAUUUUAACAGUUUUUUUAAUCAAUUGCAAAUUUUCACGAUUUUUUAAGCACCAGUCUGUUCCUUAAAUUUGCUAAACUUUGUAUGCCAUGGACAAAUAUAUUUACAUAACUAGACACAACAAAAGCUAAAGCCCCAAUUUUUAUUCAGUAUAUAACAAAUUUAGCAACUUGACGCAUUGGAAUUAUAAGGUUCUUAAUAACACCUUUUUUAUUUGUAUACUUACUACUUACAUGUUGUUAUGGUUGAUGAAGUUUGUACAUUUUGGAAAGCAAAAAGGUUCUAAGUGAAAUGGAACGCAAAACUUAGAAGCUCAAUAUCUCAAAACUGCUCAGACUGCAGAUAGAACCUUAUCAUUUUAAGGCAACGAACUGUAUUGCUAUAUUUAGCGGCUAGCCACAAUAGAAACUUUUUGGACUAAUUCUUAUCCGUAUAAUUCGACAUGAUGACAUCAUGUAAAUGCUUAUUAGCGCAUGCUGUCAUCUGGCGACAAUUAAAGACUCUCCAAACAGGUUUCUUAAGUAUUUUCCAUGGAAAAUCAUUGGGUGAUCACAAUUUGUAACAGGACAUACGUUAUUUUUAAUAUUUUAACUAAUGGUAACCUCA